AUGGCCGCCAAAUCCAUUCUCGAAGCCGACGGAAAGGCUAUUCUCAACUACCACCUCACCAGAGCUCCCGUCAUCAAGCCGUCUCCUCUCCCCAAAUCAUCUACACACAAUCCCCCUUCGAAGCUCGCUUCCCUCUACUUCCCCGAAGAUGCGGAGGUCAUGUCGAUUCUGGACCAGGCCGAGGUCUCAUACCCUUGGUUGCUGGUGCCCGGCUCCAAGUUCGUUGCAAAGCCCGAUCAACUGAUCAAGCGACGAGGCAAAAGUGGACUUCUGGCCUUGAACAAGACAUGGCCCGAGGCGAAAGCGUGGAUUGCUGCUCGUGCUGGCAAGGAACAGAAGGUUGAGACUGUUGUGGGUGUCCUGAGACAAUUCUUGGUGGAGCCUUUCGUGCCCCAUCCAGACGGAACCGAAUACUAUAUCAACAUCAACUCGCAGAGAGAGGGUGACUGGAUUCUGUUCACACACGAGGGAGGUGUUGAUGUUGGUGAUGUCGAUGCCAAAGCUGAGAAGAUCUUGAUUCCCGUUGACCUCUCGGAAUACCCAUCCAACGACGAGAUUGCCUCCACGCUCCUCAAGAAGGUCCCCAAGGGUGUCCAUAACGUCCUUGUCGAUUUCAUCACCAGACUAUACGCCGUUUACGUCGACUGCCAAUUCACCUACCUCGAGAUCAAUCCCCUCGUCGUCAUCCCCAAUGCCGAUGCAACAUCUGCUGAGGUCCACUUCUUGGAUUUGGCCGCCAAGAUCGACCAGACGGCCGAGUUUGAGUGUGGUGUCAAAUGGGCUAUUGCACGUUCGCCAGCUGCUUUGGGUAUGGCUGCCAUCAAGUCCUCUGAUGGAAAGAUGAACAUCGAUGCUGGCCCACCUAUGGAGUUCCCCGCUCCUUUCGGUCGCGAGAUGAGCAAGGAGGAGGCGUACAUCGCCGAGCUCGAUGCUAAGACUGGUGCCUCUCUCAAGCUUACCGUGCUCAAUGCCAACGGACGUGUAUGGACCUUGGUCGCUGGUGGUGGUGCUUCCGUCGUUUACGCCGACGCGAUUGCCAGCUCUGGCUUCGCGGACGAGCUCGCCAACUACGGUGAAUACUCUGGUGCUCCCACCGAGACGCAAACCUUCCACUACGCGCGCACUGUCCUCGACCUCAUGCUCCGCGCGCCCAUCACCCCCGAGGGCAAGGUCCUCUUCAUCGGCGGUGGUAUUGCUAACUUCACCAACGUCGCCUCCACCUUCAAGGGUGUGAUUCGCGCUCUCCGCGAGGUUGCGCCCAAGCUCAUCGAGCACAAGGUCCAAAUCUGGGUCCGACGUGCCGGACCUAACUACCAAGAGGGAUUGAAGAACAUCAAGUCGGUCGGACAGGAGUUGAAGCUGGACAUGCACGUUUACGGACCCGAUAUGCACGUCAGUGGUAUCGUCCCUCUGGCGCUCGUCCCCGGACGGUUGGCAGAGAGCAAGGUCGAGGAGUUCAAGGCUUAA